CCGCCUAGUGGGAGGCGGCGCCCUUGGGGAGUGUCCGUCGCGUUGAUCUGAUGGAUUCAAGUACAGAACACCACGUUCUAUGAGAUUUUCCUGGCAAAAGUCCACAAGCUUGAUGUAUGGGACACCUGCACAGGCAUUAGAUUUGGCCCUGCAACAUCUUAAAGGAAGCAGGCUGUGAGCCAAGGGAAAGGCAGAGGACAGAAAUGAAUGUGUUUCCAGGCUUUCCUGGUGGUUUAUGGCAUUCUCCAAACUCGUAUGCAAGGGCUAUUCCUGACCAAGAAGAUCUAAGGAGAACGUCUCUGAAAUCAAGUCCGGAUGAAGAAUUAAGAGAAAAAAAAUGAAUAUGGUCUUUGCUCACAGAAUGGAUAACAGCAAGCCACAGUUGAUUAUUCCUACACUUCUGGUACCGCUCCAAAACCGCAGCUGCUCUGCAGCAGCUACACCUCUGCCAAGCCAGUACCUGAUGGAAUUAGGUGAGGAGCACGGCUGGAUGAGCAACCAAACACAUCUGCACUAUGGACUGAAACCUGGGGAAGUGGCCACAGCCAGCAUCUUCUUUGGGACUCUGUGGUUGUUUUCUAUCUUCGGCAAUUCCCUGGUUUGUUUGGUCAUCCACAGGAGUAGGAGGACUCAGUCUACCACCAACUACUUUGUGGUCUCCAUGGCAUGUGCUGACCUUCUCAUCAGCGUUGCCAGCACGCCUUUCGUCCUGCUCCAGUUCACCACUGGAAGGUGGACGCUUGGUAGUGCAAUGUGCAAGGUUGUGCGAUAUUUUCAGUAUCUCACUCCAGGUGUCCAGAUCUAUGUUCUCCUCUCCAUCUGCAUAGACCGGUUCUACACCAUCGUCUAUCCUCUGAGCUUCAAGGUGUCCAGAGAAAAAGCCAAGAAAAUGAUCGCAGCAUCGUGGAUCUUUGAUGCAGCCUUUGUGACCCCUGUGCUCUUUUUCUAUGGCUCCAACUGGGACAGUCAUUGUAACUAUUUCCUCCCUUCCUCUUGGGAAGGCACAGCCUAUACUGUCAUCCACUUCUUGGUGGGCUUUGUGAUUCCAUCUGCACUCAUAAUUUUAUUUUACCAAAAGGUCAUCAAAUAUAUUUGGAGAAUAGGCACAGAUGGCCGAACAGUGAGGAGGACAAUGAACAUCGUCCCUCGGACAAAAGUGAAAACCAUCAAGAUGUUCCUCAUUUUAAAUCUGUUGUUUUUGCUCUCCUGGCUGCCUUUUCAUGUAGCUCAGCUAUGGCACCCGCAUGAACAAGACUGUAAGAAAAGUUCCCUUGUUUUCACAGCUAUCACAUGGAUAGCCUUUAGUUCUUCAGCCUCUAAACCUACUCUGUAUUCAAUUUAUAAUGCCAAUUUUCGCAGAGGGAUGAAAGAGACUUUUUGCAUGUCCUCUAUGAAAUGUUACCGAAGUAAUGCCUAUACUAUCACAACGAGUUCAAGGAUGGCCAAAAAAAACUAUGUUGGCAUUUCAGAAAUCCCUUCCAUGGCCAAAACUAUUACCAAAGACUCAAUCUAUGACUCAUUUGACAGAGAAGCCAAGGAAAAAAAGCUUGCUUGGCCCAUUAACUCAAAUCCACCAAAUACUUUUGUCUAAUUUCUCAUUCUUUCAAUUGUUAUGCACCAGAGAUUAAAAAGCUUUAAUUAUAAAAACAGAAGCUGUUUACAUAUUUGUUUUCCCUCAACUUUCCAAGGGAAAUGUUUUAUUUCGUAAAAUGCAUUCAUUUGUUCAUUGUGGUUUUUGUGGGUUUUAUUUUACUUGCUUUUUAUGUUUUAGGAAAAGCGUUCACUUUGAGCUAUAGCCAACAGUCCUUUUACUAUUAAUAUAUUAGUUACAUGCAUAAAAAAGAAAAUGCUUUCUUAACACUCAUUUACUGUUGGUUCAAAAACAUAAACCUAAGCCAUACACACA